AAAAAGUGUCUCUUUACUGUAGAACUCUCCAACUCUCCUCUCUCCCUAUCCUCGUUCUCUCUCCAAAGGCGUAACAAAAUCUGACUCCGUCUAUGUGAUCCCAUUCCGUGUGAACAUCGGAAAUACAGAGCUACAUUCCAUUCCAGGUACGCCAGAAUCUCACAAGCUGCCAGCAUAACAAAGUUCCUCUAAAGUUUAACUUCGACGCAGAGGCAAAAGGCAGACUUGAGCCUUCAUCACUUGUUCGGCAAAUGGAAUCGCAGAGAUCAAAUAACAGAGAAGAUGGACUAAUUUGGCUUCUACCCGAACUGGAAGAGGAUAGAUCAGAGCCCGUGCUCGAAAUGAGACGUUAUAUAAAAAUCAACGGAAAAGAAAGUGGUCCAGCAAACAUGGGAGAUUUUAUUGGAUGGUGUGUCUACUUCUCACCCCCAAGCGGAUCAUUUGAAUUUAUCCCAGACAUGGGAUUGAAGAAUGUCUUCUCACUGCCGAGUGACCCAUCUACAGUAAAUGUAUUCCAUCAGUGCCCUGAAGACGAAGAGGAGGAGAGCGAAUCCCCCAAAAAGCCAAGGGAACCGGAAAAGCCAAAGCCGCCGCCGCCAAAGCCAAUGGAACCGGAAAAGCCAAAGCCGCCGCCAUCUUUUGCCUUUGCUGACAUGAGAAUGCGGCAACAUGGAUCAGGAUUUGAUCAUGUAUCCCGUUUGAAACAUAAGUUAAUGAAGCAAGAACAUGGACCCAACAAGGAUUUCAAGUUGCUAGAGAAUGCGUACAAUUCAAUGAAUGCCAAUGUCGUCUCUGAUCCAAACAGAUCUUUCAGUACUGUAUCUGAUAAUGCCAUUUUUAAGCAACGUACCCCACGUGGCAAUACAGUCUUACACUUGGCAGCUAGUCAUGGAAAUGAUGCAAUGGUAGAAAAGGUAGCUCAACAUGCUCCCCAACUUUUCACUGCAAUUAACAACAACUAUGAUACUGCGCUUCAUGUUGCUGCAAGAAUGGGACACGGCUCUACCAUUAAGUUAAUCUUGAACGAGUUUUUGCUUUUUGCCAGACGUGAAACAAAUGGUCAUGAUGAUCAUUCCAUUUUGGAAAUGAUGCUUCUGGUAUCACUAACUUUGUUUCGAAAUAAACAAGGGAACACCUUCCUCCAUGAGGCCUUUGUGACCAAUAGCCGUAAUGGCGCAGUGAUUUUCAAAGCUUUUGAGGCUUCUUUCAGUGCAGAUGGCGGUUCAGACUUUGAGGCCGAGUUUAAGAGAAUUACUCAUCAUUUAGCACCAUUUGCAGUCAACGUGGAAGGGAAAUCAUUAUUGUACUUGACCAUUGAGGUUAACUGUGACCGAGAUCUUGUUGAGCAAUUGAUGGAGUUCUGCAUUGAAGAUGGGCCGGAGCUGCAAGGAAGAUCACCCCUUCUUCCCACACUCAUCAAGAAGAAUUUUGAUAUGCUAGGAGCCAUAUUGAGCAAGAAACCAGAUUGGAUACACUUGAGAGAUGAAGAAGGAUGGUUUCCACUUCAUUCUGCAGCGCGUUUGGGUUACCUUCAAGGUGUUUCCUCCUUAGUGGAGAAAUGUCCUUCUUGCACCAUGGAAAGGGACAACAAUGGCUACUUACCGAUUCAUCUAGCAUGUGUUCAUGGUCACGUCGAAAUAGUUCAACAGUUACUAAAUCGGUGCCUAGAUCCCACAGAGAUGGUAACUGAACGUGGCCAAAAUUUGCUCCAUGUUGCAUGCAAAUAUGGAAAUUAUGAAGUAGUCAGGUACUUACUCAAACAACCCAAGCUUGAGGUAAUGAUAAAUCAAAAAGACAUGGACGGGAAUACUCCCUUGCAUUUAGCUACCGAGUCCCGGCAUCCCAAAAUUGUGUAUGCCCUGACAUGGGACAACAGAGUGGAUCUUUCUUUACUUAACCGUGACAACCUAACGGCUCUAGACAUCGUAGAAGUAUAUCAAGGCAUAAGUGUUUCCCUUUCAGAGCGACUUACAUGGAAUGCAUUGAUAUCUGCUGGAGCACCUCAAAGUUCUGUGAGAUUUCAUCCAGACCUCAAGUCCUGUACUCCAACCACUGAACAAUAUAAAGAUAGAAUUGACACUUUGAUAGUGGUUUCAACCCUUAUAAUAAUAACAUCAUUUGCUGCUGGGUUUACCAUCCCAGGUGAUGUAGAUCAAGGCAUUCCCUUCUUGCUAAAACACCGUGUGUUCCAUUUAUUCGUUCUCUGCCUCACAAUUUCUGUGUUUGGUGCUAUAAGUUCCACCAUCAUUCUCAUGUGGGCUCGACUAGGGGAUCUCCAUCUAGCAGUUUUUGCUCUUACUUGUGCAGUGCCUCUUCUAGGUCUAUCCCUGACAGCACUAUCUCUAGCAUUUUUUGCUGGCAUGUACCUUGUAGUUAGCAAACUUAGCUGGCUUGCCACUAUGUUUUUGCUGAUUGGUGUGGUUUUGAUCCUCGUGGUUGUAUUCUUGUACUUGCUGCUUCUGUUGCCUUCCUCUUCAACCUUGCCGUUCUUUCGAUAUAUUUCCUAUUAUCCCUUCCUUUUCUUUGCAAACAUAGCUCAAGGGAAAAUGGAUGCCAACAAGAUGAGAUCUAAAGCUAUCGUUCGAGUGGUUUAACUUAAUUAUAUAUGUAUGUUGUCAUGAGUGCGAUGAAGAAUCAUAUCACAAGUUUCUAUCUUUUUUCCUUUUCAUCUGUCCGUUGACGAACUCUGGAAUGUAUUAUUCUUAGCUACGCAUGUAUCGUUUAUGCUACUUUUGGAUAUUCUCAAAUUUGUAUAAUAUUUUUCUUUAAGAAAAAAUGUUAUUAUGCUUAAA